UUGCUGUCGAAGCAGCAGCGAGUCGAUUAAAAGCCGUCAAGCUGGCCGCCUCAAUAGCAAUGAACCCGCACUAUCAUCCGUACUCGGACCUCGGUUCGUCGCCCCACUCGCCUAGUCCGGACAACAACAACUACCCGCUGACGCCCCAUCACAACGGCCACGGUGGCGGACCCGGGGGCGGAGCCGGUAAUCCGAUGGGGGUCAGUCAGAUGGACAGCCAGGCGGGUUUUCACGGUAUGAACAACGGCAAGGGACCGGUGCACUGCGCGGGAUGUGGAGUCAAAAUCACCGAACGAUUCUUCCUCAAUGCGCUGGACCGGUUUUGGCACAACUCCUGUCUCAAAUGCUCCUGCUGUGGCGCUAUGCUAGCGGACAUCGGAUCGAGUUGUUACACCCGCAGCGGUAUGAUCCUGUGCAAAGCAGAUUAUCUAAGAUUAUUCGGCUCGGGAGCCUGUUCAGCCUGCCAUCAGACGAUACCCGCCAACGAGCUGGUGAUGCGAACCACCUCGCACACGACGAUAAACAACAACCUGAACAACGCCAACAACCAGAACGGGGCCGGCAACAACAACGGCCAGUCGGCUCCGCAGUUGCACGUGUUUCACUUAAAGUGUUUCCAGUGCUCCAAGUGCGGGUGCCGGCUGAUGCCGGGCGAUCGGUACUACAUGCUCGGCGGAAGUUUAGUCUGCGAACAGGACUGGCACAAGCUGGUCAAGAGUUCGAAUGCCGCCGCGAAUCCACCCCUGCGUAAAGGAAAAGUCGGGCGACCACGGCGAUCGAGGGACUGAGAUGGACCUCGGCUGGGUCGUCCGCCCAAGGUGAA